AUGCUUAAGGGCUUCAAGCGAAUCGAGUCCAAGCCCGAGACGUCGAACUGCAUGCCAGUCGGAUGGUAUUACCUGCACGUGGGCAAGAGGCCCCUCCAGCCAGCAAUGGCAGACAAGUGCACCAUCGCCAUGGAGGCGACGUGGCCGGGGGCGCCAGAGGCCGACGCGCUGCCCCGGUCCAGCGUGUACGGGGCGGUUUUGGUCGGCAAGGUCGUCGACGCCAGCGCCUUGGAGACCCCUUGGGCAUUCGCAGAGUGGCCAAAGGCCCACGUGAUCCUGGAAUCCCACGAGCUUCAGUCCCCGAUCCAAGGAGUGAAGGGCCAGCAGAGCGUGUGGUACAUCCACGACCCGGGUAAGCAGGGGUCGUUGACCGAGGCCCUGGCGCAGGCGACCCACCACGUCUUCCCGCCGUUCGCGCCUGAGCUGGCCGACGCGAGGGCGACGUCAAGGCCUCGAAGGGCCGCCGCUGUCGGCGCGCCCUGGCCCCGCAGGCUCCCCGCCAAGCGGCGCAGCGACGCCGGGGCCACGAGGGGCGCCAAGGCCUUGCGCGCCCGGCGCGGACAGAGCCGGAUGCAGCCAGGACCGCCGGUGCCCGAGGAGAGCGCGGCCAAGGCCCCCGCGUCGCUGGUCGCUCCUGACGCGCCCGCCGGCCGAGGCGUCGAGAGGCGUUCCCUGGCGCAGCGCGUGUUCGACUACCGUCCCAAGAUGGCGGAGAUCGAGGCUGCCUGGGACGAAGCGUUCUCCGCGACGCACCAAGAGAACUACCGCAAGGAGUGCGGCCGCAAGCCGACAAAAGCAAGCGCCCUGAUCAAGAAAAAGUCGACCACGCGCGCGGCCAAGAAGCCAGCAGCAGCCGAGCUCGUCGGGUUCCGCGACGCUUUGUUUCAGGAAAAGGACCUGCCAGCGAUGAGAGACAAGCUCCUCAAGGCCACUCUCGCGAGGAUCGUGACAGAAGGGGUGGCAGAGAACAAGCAGGCCGCAACGAUCCGCGACGAGAUCCACGGCGCGUGGACGGCGGACUGA